CAACCGUCUUCCUCCUCGCUUAAACCUCAAGCUCCACUGAAGUGUCAACCCCAUGCUGUCAAACGUAGCUGAGAGAGAGAGAAAAGUAGGAAGUGCUACAGCCUGAGCCGUUGCAGCAGAAGCUUGUUCUGCCUUGUUGCAUGUUUGCUGUAAUAAUGUUUCCCCUUUAAGGCUUGACUGAAGUUAUUUAUACUUUUUUGGGGUGGUGACAGGAACCGAGAGAAGCGGCAGCAAGCAGAUCUUACCUGAAGAACGACCAAGAGAGGUACUGAAGGAGGCAAGGAAAGAGGGAGCAGGAGGCUGGGAAUUUGGCAAGAAAGGUGAGGUGGGGGAGAAGCAAUGAAAAGAGAGUGAAGGAGAUCAGAGGAAAGAGAAAGAGAGGGAAUCAGUGAGAAGCAGAGAGAAGGAAGUAAAAACAGCAGGAGUGAAGCCACAAAAAGAGAGGGAGGAAUAGGGGGGGAAAGCAGGGAGGGCAGGCUAGAGGAUGACAAGGAAGUGACAGGAACAAGCCUGCUGAGGAGGAGAAGAGAGAACAACUGAUGGCAACAAGUGCAGCUGGUUUGUGCUGAGAGGAAAAAUCCAACAGGUUUGGUCAAUUCUUGUGGGGGACACUGUCCGCUCUUUCUUCCAAGAUGAUGAAGAGACAGUUCAACCGGAUGCGGCAGCAGCUCAGCCAUCCCAACAUCGGUGGACGAGCCCUGGAAACGGCUGAAUACUUGACUGAAGACUUGCUACAGAUUGAACAAAGAGUGGAACCUGCAAAGCGUGCAGCACAUAAUGUACACAAGAGGCUUGUGGCUUGCCUCCAGGGCCCGUAUGGGGCUGAUGUGGAAAAACGUGUGAAAAAGUUGUCUUUGAUGUCACUGUCUGUUACCAUGGCCGAGAGCUUCAAAGAAUUAGACACUGAUUCCAGCCUUGGGAAAGCUUUAGAAAUGAGCUGCUUCAUUGAAGGCAUGCUGGCCAAGAUCUUAGCAGAAUUUGAAAUGACUCUUGAGCGAGAAGUCCUUCAGCCUCUGAAUAAAUUGAGUGAGGAGGAGCUGCCCAUCAUCCUGAAACACAAAAAGAACCUUCAGAAACAUAUUCUGGACUGGAACGCCAUCAAGAGCCGUUUGAACCAAGCAGCCAAAAACUCCAGUAACAGCAUCAGUGCCGGCACUGGCCCAGCAGCAUCCUCCGCUGCGAUCAAACUUGAGAAUCUGAAGGAGGAAGAAGAGGAGAUGAAAAGGAGAGUUGAACAGAGUAAGGAUGAGUACAUGGCAGAUUUAUACCACUUUUCCACCAAGGAGGACAGCUACGCUAAAUACUUUAUCAAAUUGCUGGAAAUUCAAGCGGAGUAUCAUAGGAAGUCCUUGGGAUCUCUGGACACUACCUUGGCAGAACUGAAAGAGACUCAUAGUCAGCCAGACUCCCCCUUCUUGACAGAUACAGCUGUGCUAGGAGUAUAUGGGAUGCCUCUAGAAACUCAUCUGAAGAACUCUGGGCGGGAGAUUGCACUCCCCAUUGAAGCUUGUGUCACAAUGUUGUUGACUUCAGGGAUGCAGGAAGAGGGGCUCUUCCGGUUGGCAGCUGGGGCUUCUGUGCUGAAGAAGCUGAAAUACUAUCUUGCCAUUGGCUCAAGUGCUCUGGACGAAUUCUAUGCAGACCCCCAUGCAGUGGCAGGUGCCCUGAAAUGUUACCUGCGAGAGCUGCCCCAGCCCUUGAUGACCUUUGAACUCUAUGAUGAUUGGCUCAAAGCUGCCAUGGUCAAAGAGCCAGAAAGUCGACUGGAGUUGCUCAAGGACAUCUGCAACUGUCUCCCCAAAGACAACUACAACAAUUUGAGGUAUCUGAUCCGGUUUUUAGCCAAGUUGGCUGAGCAUCAGGAAGUGAAUAAAAUGACCCCAAGCAACAUUGCCAUUGUCCUAGGGCCCAACUUGUUAUGGCCCCAACAGAGUGAAGGGAGCCCUGUGCAGCUAGAUAUGGCCUCCGUAUCCUCCAUACAAGUUGUGGGAGUUGUGGAACCCCUAAUACAAAAUGCUGAGACACUCUUCCCAGGAGAUAUUGACUUCAAUAUCUCUGACUUCACUCCUCCUCUAUUGGAAAUCAAAGACAGUGACGUUCCUUCAGUGGAAGAGCCUACACCCCACCUUGUUCCUGCUGAGCCAAUUUUCUCCUUGCCUGAAGAAAAGAAAAACUCUGAGGUGAUCACAGGAACAGUUCUACCAAAGGUGACCCAGGCCUCUACUGAAGCAGCAUUCUCCUUGCCAGCUCCUGCUGACAAUGCCUCAGCCUCACGCAAAUCAAAGCGAGUUGCCCCACCCCGACCCACUGUGCCUCCACCCCUAGCCCAGCCUCGAACCCCACCUCCUGUGCAGCAUCAGAGCCAACCUCCUGCCUCAGAGCCUCCUCCCAUUCCUAAAGCCCUCCCUCGAAAAGCAGCCGGAGGCUUAACGCGAGCUCCAUCCAUACCACCACCACUUCCGCCACAGCCAGCCCGGCGUCUGAGUCGCAAUGCUCCAUCAUGCCCAAAGCUUCCUUCAGAACCUGUGAGUAAUGAAGCAGCAGCAACAGCCGCUGAAGAACCUCCUGCUGAUGACUGCAUUGUAGAAACAUCUGAAGAUUCCACAUCUCUGGCAACAGGACAUAAUGAGCCAACAUCUGUGGGAGAAAAUGGCUCUCCAUCAGCAUCUGAUUCAAAGGUCCAGGCAUUGGAGAAUGACUGAGGCAGAGAAGCAGUUACACAGGCAUUAUUUCUGCUGGCCAGUUUCUAAGGAAAAAGAAAGAGCAGGAUUUGAGGCAACAAUGUACAUCAAACAAAGCUAGCAGUUUCUGGUGGGAAACAUGUGCCAUAUUAACUCCUUUAACUGUUCUGCAUUGGAAGCCUCUGCUCAUGCCUGCAGCCUCAAAAGCAAUCUUCUCUUCCAUGUGUCCCCUUUUCUUAUCCUUUUUUCCUGCUUUCCUGACCCUGAGUGAUGCCUUCUCCUUUUCAAAAUUCCAUCCUCUCCAUAUUGAUGCUUUCCCUGAUCUCCCCUCAAGUUACAAAGCUAAUUGUAUACACUCCAUAGAAUGAGAUGGCAGAAUUCCAAAAUGACUUUUUAGAAUGCCCACCAACCUGCAUUUAAAAAUUCCCUGCAGCUAGUAAACUAGAACAUUAGGUUUAGAGUGGCCAUGUUUCUGAUGUGGUACUACUGAGUGUUCCCUGCAUGCAGAAAACUACCCUCUCCUUUCCUGUUGCCAGCCUGCAACCUAGGCCAGAAUUAUACCACUUUAGUCUAUCGCCUCAUUCUACAUAAUGUGUAGAUGAGCACUUAGGACACAGAUGACAUGUUAUGUGUAACUUCAUAAAGUGUAGCCAAUCAGGCUGAAGGGAGAUAAAAGUCCUGGACCUUAUGUCAAAUCUUUUUUUUUUCUCUCCCAUAAAUUAGGGGGAAAUCCGUUAUCUCUUCCCUCUGCUCCCAAAAGUGAGGAUAAAAGCAGCUUUGUUGGCAACUUUUGGUGAGAAAAUGGUCCGAGGAAAAGCUUGAUUACACCAUUUUUCCUUUUCGAAUUGUGGCCUCAACAAUAUAUAUAUUUAAAAGAUCAUGAAACACUUCUGCCCUGAAGUGCUAGUGCCUCUGUUGUUAUCAGAUGUUUUUCUUGUUAAGAUGCUGGGUGCAUGUGUUUGAAAUUCCAGAUCUGAGUAUGUUAGAGAGAAGGGAAGAUGAACAUCUACCUAAUCUCUUUCUAGCUGUCCACAAUAAUAUAUUACUUUAAAUGAUCUCAGGGAUUAUUUUGGUUUUUAAAGGAUAAGGCAUUACUAAACUAUCAAGAGACCAGCACUCCCUUUUCCAAGCAGCUCUGCAAAUCCAGAUUGUGACAUAUUUUUCAAGAUAUUCAUAAAGGAUAAGGGAGGGUUCUAGUAAAAAUCAUAGUGUUGUCCAGCAGGACUGCCAGGUGCAGACCGUGCAAAUAGUUGCACAGAAAAUUCUGCCAGAUGUGACCUUCUUCAUUAUAAACACUGAAGUGACAGUAAAGUGUCCUUGCUGGUAUUUCCCCUCUGAUCAACUCUAAAAGGAGUCCUCCAUGAAUCUGUACCUGGCAACCUUAAAUACAGUGUAUGGAUUUUUGCAUGUGGAGAGCACAGACAUAGGGCUUGUUCACAUGUAUGUACCCUGAUUACAGGCAGUUGAAUGUGUGUUUGCAGGGUGAUUUAGACCUCACAAACACUACAUUCACCAAUGCAAGUUAGGAUACACUUGUAAACCAGCCCCAUGUUAAUGCAAAAAAUAUAAUCCAUAUGUUGUGGUUUACUUCUGCCUAAUAAACUUCAAACUAUUUAGCUUUCAUUAUUUCUCCAAGAAAGAAAUUGCUUAUAGUUUUAUAAAUGUUGAUAAUACUUUGUGAAAGAUCCCUGGUCCAUUCAAAGGGAUGUGCAUCCUAGGAUUUGGGGCAGGGGAAAAUGCAUGACAAUUAACUACUUCUAUUUGCAAUGCAGAUGCCUUAAAAUCUCAUUUGUUUCCUUAGGCUUUGGCAGAGGGUGGAAAUGACAUAUUUUUAUACAUAUUGAUAAAUUAUUUUUUAAUGUGGGGUCAUAUUUAUGACUAAUGUGAGAAGGUUUCUUCAUUUUUAAAGAAUGUCUUUCUUUUGCUUGUAGCAAGGAUAAAUUUAGUUCUUCGAUUGUUGAGAGAACUGUGUAAAAUUAUAGAGCCUUGUGACAAAUACAUUGUGGCAUAAGCUUCCAUGAACUACAGCCUAUUUCAUUAAAUGUAGUUUAUUAGA